UACCGUCUGAUUUGCUCCUCAGAUCCACGUGAGUGACGGUCGCUGGCACACGCUGCACGUUUUCCGACGGAAGCGCAUGGGCCAGAUCCGCGUGGACAACGAGACGCCCGUCAGGGGCUUCUCUGAUCCGCGGGCCACCCUGCUCAACACUGGCCCCGGACUGUGGCUCGGCGGGAGCCCGUCGCUGCCACCAGGACUCCCCGCGGCCUACUACCAGGGCUUCCACGGCUGCGUGAGGUCGGCGACGGCGGACCGUGCCUCCCUGGACUUGAGCAGCGCCACGCGGCCGCACCGCCGCCAGCACCAUCCCCACCACGCCGCCCCCACCCCUGUCCCCGGCUCUGGUGGCAGCGUCCUCGAGUUCUGUCACCACAGCACCGAAUUAUCUUGAAGACUGCAUCUCCCACCUUUACCUUAAGACUACCCCCUUCCCCCUCUCCCUCCUCCAUUUUCCCGAAAAACACAAGCACAGUCGGAGCAUUUGGAGCUUUCUUUGGUAAGUCAUCCUUCUUGCAGAACCAAAGAUGUGUCGAACCCGACUGUACCCUGCCCCCAAACACAUCACUUACGGGCGGUUGGACUGGAAGACAAAGACAAUAAUGCUGAUUUUUUGUGAAAUGUGUGAGACGUAGUGAGGCAAUGUAUGUGUGAGUGUCUGUUAAAUAAUGCGUGUGUGCGAUUGUGCGCGGCGUACGCGAGGGAUUAGAUGAGCAACGAAAGCAUGCGACUGAUGCAAUCAAUGGGUGUAGUGCUGAUAUUAUGGAGUGAUUUAUGCAAGUGGGGUUCACACUGUCUUCUCUAUAUGUUACCAUUUACAUGAAGAGGCCUCGUGGAAUGUUUAUUGAUGGAAAUGAAAGAUAGAAAAAAGAAUGCUAGUUUUAUAGGUUUGUAUUUUUUAUCAUGUUAAAUUUGUAAGUAUUGUAUGUAUGUAAGUAUGUAUGUAUGUAUGGAUAAGCUCGCAAAAGUGUUUCUUGUAAAAAUGUACAGUAAUAUAAAUAGGAAACUUUUCUACUUUGGCACUACGUUUUAUGCCAGUCCUUUGUUGAUAAUUGUAUUUAUAUCAAGGUAGAAGUUGCCAAGAUUUCCUUAGCAACUUACUGCUUGUGACUUCAUAUCGGCUGCCAAAGACUUUGAUGUUGUCUGCAACCAGAAGAUGGCAAUGUAACAAUAUACUAGAAUCAGUCCUUUUAUUUCUCUUUUUACAUGUGUAUAAAAAAAUAAAACAACCCAAGCGCACAUUUUGGGCGAGUGUAAAGUACCUUUAAAAUAGAUAAAUUCUUUUUUUUUUGCUAUAAAAUUAAGUGAAAGGAGUUUUCCAACCCUCCUCUGUUUUCAAUGAAAACAUAAUGUAAAAUUCCUCCCAGCCAAAUUCUACUAUCAUUCAUAUUGGCCUGAAUCCGCCCAUACAAACAAAGUCCUACAACUCUUCAUAUGUUCAAUUCCAUUAUGGGGCUUUUAAUUAUGCUAACAAAGUAUGUAGAAAAAUAAUUUUUAACAAGCAUAUAGAAUCUGUCAAGGUACCAGAAGAUCUGUCAACCUAUGUGUAGGAAACUAUUUGCUGGUAUCCCCUUGGCUUAAGACUGCUACCUUAAAUAUCGCCGCUCUCUGCAUGAAUGUUUUCUGUAUUUAACUCUAGGUCGAUCUACACUGUAAAACGUAGAGCGAGUUUUCUUGCCCGAAUAGAGCGACGUAAUGCCUUCAUCGCUCUACUAGAGCGACGUUUGCGAAAUGACUCAAUAUGGGUAUUCUUCGUAACCCCAAAAUGCUCCCAAAACGACUUUAAACAAGCGAUGUUUACGAAAAUGACUCAAAAUGAGACUUAUUUGCAACCAAAAAUUUUGCGAAACUGACUCCAAACGAGCGAUGUAAUUAAUAUCGCUCCCCCAGGAGUCAGUAAAUUGGAUUUACAACCUCGCUCUAUUAGGAUCGAGUUUGCUCACCCCUUUACUUGCAGUGGUAGAAAGGAAUUGCAUUUAUCAGUCAGUUUGUAUAAAAACAUGAUGCAAGACAAGUUUCUCUAUAGUUGUGAAAGUAGUGUGACGGAACAUCAAAAAUUUCCUGCCGAAAUAAACCUGGAUUUUCUACACUGUUAGCAAA